CCUCCCUCUGUCCAAUCAGCGCAUCCGGAGCUCGGGCGGGUGGGCGGCCAUUGGCCAGUUGGGCAGCGAGGCAAGAGUUUAAAAAUUGUUAACCGUGGCCGCGGAGGAAGUCGCGGCGCUGCAGCAGAAGAAAGACGCUGCCAGGCUGGAGGGGCUGGCUGCUAGGAAAAAAAGAGUUGCUCCGGCAGAGGCAGAAAUGUCUCACGAAACCUAUUCGUACGAUGUCCCAGAAACGUGUAUGAACUUCCAAGACAUGAACGAGGAGGAGCCAGCUGGCGUGGAUGCUUGGUUUGACAUCAAAGCGGCCCUCAUGACUACCCCAAGUGGAGUGGUGCCACCGGGCAUUCUGCAGAAAAGGUCCGCAUCAAGGGACAACAUCCCACGAGCCAUCGUCUCGCCAAUGGUGAAAGCUGAUGAGAAUCUCAAUGAGCAGGAGAUGGCACAGGCAGAGGGGGGGCCACCCAAUGUGGUCGGCUCCGUGGCAGAAUGGCGUGGCACGUCGGAGGAGGCAGCCGCUGCUCCUGCGAGGGUCCCAGGAAGGGUGACAAAAAAGCUCUCGGCUCACCGAAGAAGCGCCCAGCGCAGACUCAUGGCCAAACAGCAAGCAGAGAGAUAUGCUGCAACCUUGUCCAGCAAGCAAGAGCUCCCUCCUGCCAAGAAGCAAAAAAUCAACAAGACUCCAUCUGCCACUCUCAAGUCUACGGAGGAGCUGGAGCUUGAGAGGAUGCGUCAACUGCAGCAAGAAGUCGCCGAGUUGCGCAAGAAGAACGAGGAGUCUCUGAAAGCAGCCAUUGCUGGGCCAGGGCAACCCGUGAAGGCUGCGAGCCACAUCACCAAGCCAGUGGACUUCCACUUCAGCACAGAGGAGAGACUCAAGCAGCAUGGGGCGGACAGCCAGCCCGGGGCCGAGUACAAGGAGGUGGAUUUCGCAGCCGCACUGAGGAAACACCCCCCGUCUCCGGCCCGAGUGGCGAAGGGACCCACCAUCCCCAGGCCCUUCAACCUCUCCCAGGGCAACAAAAGGAAGCACGAGGAAGCUGCUUCCGAGUACGUGCCGUUGGCUCAGCAGAUCCAGAGCUUCCAGAAACGGACUCCGCCCCGUUACCAUCUGAGGAGCAGGAAGGAGGAGGAUGGUGUCGCUCCAAGCAGGCCCCUGAAGGCCAGGCUUACCCACCCCAGAACUCCCCACCUUGAAACCAAGAGCCGCCUCAGGCCGACCACCUGCAAGAGUGCAGCUGAGCUGGAGGCGGAGGAGAUUGCGCAGCUCCAGCAGUACAAAUUCAAAGCUCAAGAGCUCAAUCCCCGGAUCUUGGAGGGAGGGCCGAUCUUGCCCAAGAAGCCUCCCGUGAAGGAGCCCACCCGUCCGGUGGGCUUCGACUUGGAAAUCGAGAAAAGGAUUCGGAAGCGUGAGAACAAGAAGCUGCAGGAGGGGGAGGAAGAAGAGCACUUCGAGUUCCGUUCCCAGCCGUGUCCAGUGAAAAUCCUAGAGGAUGUUGUGGGCGUUCCCGAGAAGAAGCCGCUGCCCAUCACCAUUCCCAAGUCGCCAUCCUUUUCCCUGAAGAACAAAGCUAGCAGCCUGGCUAGAGAAGAGGAGAAGGAAGAGGAAGUCGUGGCGGUGGUCAAAGCCAGGCCCAUGCCCCACUUCGGGGUGCCCUUCAAGCCCAAAGCGGCAGAGCCGAGGCAGGUGGAGGUCUGUCCUUUCUCUUUUGACUCCCGGGACAAAGAGAAGCUGCUCCAGAAGGAAAAGAAGAUAGAAGAGCUGCAGAAGGAAGAGGUGCCAAAGUUCAAAGCACAGCCUCCGCCUCAGUUCGAUCACGUCAGUUUGCCAGAGAAGAAGGCCAAGAGUCCCACCAAGCCAGAGCCCUUCCAGCUGGCGGUGGACAAGCGAGGGGCUGUGCGGCAGGAAAUGUGGCGGCAGCAGCUCAGGGAAGAGAUGAGGCGGCAGAAGGAAGCGGCCUCUUUCAAGGCGCAGCCCAGCACCGUCACCCACCAGGAGCCCUUCGUGCCCAAGAAGGACAACAGGCCCCUUGCAGCUCCUGACGGCUUUCAGCUGGCCACAGAGCGACGUGCCCAGGAGCGGCAGGAGUUUGAGAGGCGGCUGGCGGAGCUCGAAGCGGAGAAGGCGAGGCUGCAGGAGGCCACAAGGCAAGCCAUGGAGGAGCAGGAGAGGGAGGCGUUGGCCAGGCUCCGAGAAGAGACGGUGCACAAAGCCAACCCUGUCCGCAAGUACCCGAGUGUGGAAAUCAAGCCCAGCGACCAGCCGCUGACAGUGCCAAAGUCUCCCAACUUCUCGGAGCGAUUUCGGUGCUGAUGUGUGACCACCCGCAGCGCUGCUCCACCCUGUGCGCUAGAAGCGGAGACGCUCCCUUCUCAUCCUUGGGUUACGUUUGUGUGUGUGUGUUGGGGACUCAUAUUAAUACAGACUGACUGGGUUGUUCUUCUUCUCCUUGCCAUUUGGUAGCUUUCGUCAGUGUAACUUCUUGAGGAAAAGGACUAGAUUGGGGAGCAGCAUGUCCACUCCUGCAUUUGCUAGAUGCUGGUCUGAAAAGGCUCAACCAGUUUUAUCUCCACCAGUUAACUAUUUUGUGUAUAUAUAUACACACACACCUAAGUAAAAUAAAGUUUGUUGCUGAGA